CCCCGCGGUCCCGGCGCCGCGCUCACCGCGUGUCUCCCGCAGGGCCCCGGCGCGGGCUGUGAGCGCGGCCCCCGGUGCCGGUGCCGCCGCCGGCGCCGGGCCGCCCCGCCGCGCCGCACGGAGCAUGCCUCUGAGCCCCGCCGGCAGCCAGCAUGAGAGCCCCGAGCCGCCGCCGCCGGAGCCGCCGCCGGAGCGACAGCCCCGCGCCGCCGCCGCCGCCGCUGCCGCUGCCGCUGCCGCCGGGGAGCCGGGCGCCGGCCUGCGGGAGGAGACGCGGCACGACGCGGCCCGGGCCCCCGGCGGGCCCCGCUCCCCCAAGCUGGCGGCCCCGGCGCGCAUGGAGGAGCCCGCGCCCGGCGCCAUCGUCGUCCGCAUCGGCAUCCCCGACCUCCAGCAGACGAAGUGUCUACGGUUAAAUCCAGACGUUCCUGUAUGGGUUUCCAAACAGCGCAUUCUCUGCACUUUGAACCACAGCCUGAAGGAUGUUCUGAAUUAUGGACUGUUCCAGCCAGCCUUCAAUGGCAGGGCUGGGAAGUUUCUGGACGAGGAGCGCCUGCUGAGGGAGUACCCCCUGAAUCCAGACACUCCUGUCCCUUACUUGGAGUUCCGGUACAAGAGGCGUGUGUACACCCAGAGUUUGCUGGACGACAAGCAGUUUGCCAAACUCCAUACAAAGGCGAAUCUGAAGAAGUUCAUGGAGUACGUGCAAAUGCUAAAUGCGGAGAAGGUCUGCAGACUCCUGGAGAAGGGCCUGGACCCCAACUUUCAUGAUCCGGAUACUGGAGAGUGUCCCCUGACAGCGGCAGCGCAGCUGGAGCACGGCGCGGAGAUGAUCAAAGUGCUGCGCAACGGGGGAGCCCACCUGGACUUCAGGACGCGGGAGGGAAUGACGGCUCUGCACAGGGCUGUCCGGUGCCGCAACCACGCUGCGCUGCUGACGCUGUUGGACCUGGGAGCCUCCCCGGACUACAAGGACAGCCGCGGCCUGACCCCCUUGUACCACAGUGCCAUGGUGGGGGGGGAUCCCUACUGCUGCGAGCUGCUGCUGCACGACUACGCCAGGCUGGGCUGCGUCGACGAGAACGGCUGGCAGGAGAUUCACCAGGCAUGUCGCUAUGGCCAUGUUCAGCACCUGGAGCAUCUUCUCUUCUACGGAGCUGAUAUGACUGCACAGAACGCCUCAGGAAACACUGCCCUGCACAUCUGUGCUCUCUAUAACCAGGAGAGCUGUGCUCGGGUUCUCCUCUUCCGCGGGGCGAGCAAAGAGAUCCGCAACUACAACAGCCAGACUGCGUUCCAGGUGGCCAUCAUCGCAGGAAAUUUUGAAUUGGCUGAAAUCAUCAAAACCCACAAAGAGUCCGAUGUUGUGCCUUUCAGAGAAACCCCCAGUUACACCAAGCGGCGCCGGAUCCUGGGCGCGGGCGGCCUCUCCUCCCCGCGCGUGCUGCAGCGCUCGGCCAGCGACAACAACCUGAAGACGGAGAGCCGGGCGUCCUACUCGCCGGUGCCCUCGCUGCGCAGCCUGCCGCCCCAGCUGCUGGUGCAGAUGCAGGAGGUGGCCGCGGGGGACGGCAGCCUGGCCAGCGCCCGCAGCGCCCACAGUCGCUCCCCGUCCCUGCAGCGCGUGCAGGAGGAGAAGGAGGCCGAGCUGCCCACGCUGCGCAGGAGCAGCCGCGGCAAGGCCAGCCCCGGCGGCCCGGCGGGGCCCCCCGGCCCCGGCCCCGGCGCCGAGCCCGCGCCGCACGCCGCGCCCGCCCCGCUGCGCGGGCCCAAGCGGAAGCUGUACAGCGCCGUGCCCGGCCGCAAGUUCAUCGUGGUGAAGAGCUACGCGCCGCAGGGCGAGGGCGAGAUCCAGCUCAACCGCGGCGAGGCCGUCAAGGUGCUGAGUAUUGGCGAAGGUGGCUUUUGGGAAGGAACUGUGAAAGGCAGGACUGGCUGGUUCCCAGCAGAAUGUGUUGAGGAGGUGCAGAUGCGACAGUACGAUCCACGGCAAGAAACCAGAGAAGACAGGACAAAGCGUCUCUUCAGACAUUAUACUGUGGGCUCUUAUGACAAUUUCACCUCUCACAGUGACUACAUCAUUGAGGAGAAGACGGCCGUGCUGCAGAAGAGGGAGCAUGAGGGAUUCGGGUUUGUGUUGCGAGGGGCCAAAGCUGAAACCCCAAUUGAGGAGUUCACCCCAACCCCAGCCUUCCCAGCACUGCAGUAUCUGGAAUCAGUGGAUGUGGAAGGCGUUGCUUGGAGAGCAGGACUUCGCACAGGAGACUUUCUGAUUGAGGUGAAUGGUGUGAACGUGGUGAAGGUGGGGCACAAGCAGGUGGUCUCAUUGAUCCGGCAAGGGGGGAAUCACCUGGUGAUGAAGGUUGUUUCCGUCAGCCGCAAGCCAGAAUCAGAAGAAGUUGUUCGGAAAAAGGCUCCGCCGCCUCCCAAGAGAGCUCCCAGCACCACCCUGACUCUGCGUUCCAAGUCCAUGACGGCUGAGCUGGAGGAACUCGCCUCCAUGCGGAGAAGAAAAGGGGAGAAACUGGAUGAGAUUUUGGCAGCAGCUGAGCCCUCGCUGAGAGCAGACAUUGUCGAAGCAGAUUCUAGGGCAGCCACUGUGAAGCAGCGACCAACAAGCCGGCGCAUCACGCCAGCAGAAAUCAGUUCACUCUUCGAACGCCAGGGUAUGGCAGCACAUUCAGGGGUCCUUUCAGGAGCUGAGAAACCCCAUGUUUCACUGCGCAAAGGAAUUCCACGAACAAAAUCUGUAGGUGAAGACGAGAAACUUGCUGCUUCUUUGCUGGAUGGGAAGUUUCCCCGGAGCACAUCGAUGCAAGACACUGUUAGGGAAGGACACGGGAUUCCACCGCCACCUCAAACAGCCCCACCCCCACCUCCUUCUCCAUAUUACUUUGACACAGCCCCCCCUCCGUCCUUCUCUCCACCUCCACCUCCAGGAAGAGCUUAUGAUACCACAAGAUCAAGCUUUAAGCCAAGCCUGGAGGCCAAACUCCAUGGACUCCCACAGGUCAUUAGCGCAGCUGAGAUGUAUGAUCAGGCGAGGACUUCCAUACCUUAUCCUGAAAGGCAGAAGAGGGCCCGAUCCAUGAUAAUCCUACAGGAUUCCUCUCAUCUUCCCGUGGAGCCAACAGAGAUCCCCCGGCCUGGCCCAUCUGCAACCCCCCCAGAGAAGCUGAAAAGGAAAGGGAGAGUGAUUGACAACCCUUAUGCCAACAUGGGUCAGUUCAAUGUCAGCCUGUUUGCUCCCACCAAGCCGCAGAGAAAGAAGAGUCCUCUUGUGAAGCAGCUACAAGUAGAGGACGCACAGGAAAGAGCAGCACUGUCCAUCACUGGAGGCUUUACCCGGGAGCCGUCUCCCACCCGCAGGAGCCAUCGCCUGAGUGGAGUGGAGUAUCAGCACCACACUGGCAUUGCUCAGGUUGAAACCACAAGCAUCCCCUUCGCCACUGCCAUUGCUGGAGUCAUGAAGGACAGAGAACGUCGUCUGGAUGAGAAGCGGAAAUCCACUGUCUUCCUCUCGGUUGGGGCCAUUGAAGGAAGCCCCCCCAGCAGUGACAUGCCAUCCUUGCAGCAGUCCAGGUCUAUUGAUGAGCGGUUGUUAGGAAGCCGAGAUGUACUACUGCCUUCCCCUGUCUCAGCUUUAAAGCCAUUAAUUAGCAGCUCAUCGUCAACGUUCAUCCACCCCCUAACAGGAAAGCCCCUGGAUCCGAACUCACCACUGGCGCUUGCGCUGGCCGCAAGGGAACGGGCCCUCUCAACUCAAGUCCCAUCCCGGUCGCCCACCCCAAUUCACAGCCCAGACUCGGAAAGAGCGGCACCUCUGUUUGUGGACAUCCAAACCAAAGAACCAGAGAGGGGGGAGCUGGAGAGUUUAGUGUCACCUGCGUAUUCACCUGGAGGCAAAGGGGCAAUUGGAACAGACUCUGGGACUUUGGCCCCUGCAAAGAGCCCGUGGGGGACUCCAUCCACGCUGAGAAAAGAAACUGAAGCAAGAGCAGAAACACCUGGAAAAGAGGAGAAAAAACAAGAAGACAAGAAGUCCAUGAUCAUUAGUAUAGUGGAUACAUCACAGCAGAAGACUGCUGGCCUCAUCAUGGUUCAUGCCACAAGUAAUGGCCAAGACGAGAUAGGACUUGAGGUGAAAGAGGAGAAACCAGCUGUCCCUGAAACAUGCAUGGAGCCAGCAGAGUCCCCCAAAGCAGAGACUCAGCCCAGUCCUGUGGGAAAGCCUCCAGUCAGUCCAGCCUCUGACAAGACACUGGGACAAGGGAGUUCGGAGGAGGAAGUAGAGCCCUACACAGUUACCCUCCCACCAGCUCAGUUGUCUUCAAGCGAUGAGGAGACCAGGGAGGAGCUGGCCAAGAUAGGGCUGGUGCCUCCACCAGACGAGUUUGCAAACGGGGUACUCGUCACCACCCCUGGCACACCAGUCAGCCACCUGGCUACGCCUAGCACGCCAUCCAUACCAGCGGCAGCAGUAGCACCUUCUACCACUGGCGGAACACCCUCAGGGAAGCCCUCUGAUGCCCCCGUAGCCCCAGAGUCUGCUGCAGACUCGGGCGUGGAAGAGGUGGACACCAGAAGUUCAAGUGACCAUCACUUGGAGACCACAAGCACCAUCUCUACGGUCUCCAGCAUGUCUACGUUGUCCUCAGAAAGCGGGGAGCCUACUGACACAUACACUUCCUUUGCGGAUGGACAAACUUUUAUACUCGAGAAGCCACCAGUGCCUCCAAAGCCAAAACUCAAGUCCCAGCUCAGCAAGGGGCCAGUUACUUUCAGGGACCCACUUUUGAAGCAGUCUUCGGACAGCGAGCUCAUCUCCCAGCAACAUGCGGCCACUCUGGCAUCAGCCAGCAUUGGCCGGCCACGCUACCUCUUUCAGAGAAGGUCCAAGCUAUGGGGGGACCCCAUGGAGAGCAGGCCAAUCCAUGGGGCUGAUGAUGACAAGCCAACUGUGAUCAGUGAGCUAAGUUCCCGACUACAGCAGCUGAAUAAAGAUACGCGAUCACUGGGGGAGGAACCAGCCGGGUCCGCAUUAGAUCCCGGGAAGAAGUCACCUGUGGUCGCAGCACGACUUUUCAGUAGUUUAGGAGAACUCAGCACCAUUUCCCAGCGGAGCUCCGGAACCACCUACACAGUUCGACCUGGCAGUCGCUACCCCGUAACCCGCCGUACCCCCAGCCCCGUGAAGCCCGCUCUGGAUCGGACAGAGCCCCUCAGCACCGUGCGGCCCUACGGCUUGACCCCUCCCACCAUCCUCAAAUCUUCCAGUCUCUCCAUCCCGCACGAGCCCAAGGAGGUGCGCUUCGUGGUGAGGAGCGUGAGCGCCCGGAGCCGCUCCCCGUCCCCUUCCCCUUCUCCGGGGCCGGCCCUGCACGCCCUCCACCCGCCACGGCCCUUCAUGCAGAAGCCCCUCCACCUGUGGAACAAGUACGACGUCGGGGACUGGCUGGAAAGCAUCAACUUGGUGGAGCACCGAGACAAGUUUGAGGACCAUGAAAUAGAGGGCACGCACCUGCCCGCCCUCACCAAGGAGGACUUUGUGGAGUUGGGGGUAACACGGGUCGGGCACCGUAUGAACAUUGAGCGGGCACUCAAGCAGCUGGUAGACAGCUGACCGUCCUAGGCAGCACUGGCCUCUUCCAGAGCCACCACAUUGGGGGGGGGGGGGCGUUUCUACUAGACUAAUAAAACCCAGUUUGAUUCUCUUUCUACUCCGAGCACUGCACUGAAGGGCGAGGAGCCGAGGCGCUCCUGCUCUUCGACCCAGAGCCCCGGUGUGCCGUGCACACGCAGACCCCGCUCAGCCUCUACCAGACCGACGACGCCUUCGGGAAAAGGACUGUUGCAUGAAAUACAUCCUCUUUUCUGUUUCUCCCAGAAAGUCUGGCCUGUAUAUCGCUUGAUGUGCUCUUCCCUAGGGGCGUCGCUGGCGGCAGGAGGGGCCGAGGAGCCGCGUCCUGGGGGGCCCGUGCCCCCCGCUCCAGGACCCGUGCUGGAUGGUAACACCCGGUUUGCCCGUGCUCAGCCUGGGGAAGGGGCCGUGUCUCCGGUGCAGACGAGAGCCAAGCCCGGUGCAGGGAAGGCUUUCGUGGCAAAGGGGCUCUGCUUUGGCUUGUCUGUGGGCCCAUCCUGACCGCGCGUCACGGGCCCUCGAAGAGGGCGUCUCGGGAAGGCGGUGAGGUGCCGGUUUGCAUGCCGAGGCAGGGAGCGCGCUGCAUCCCGGGCAGGUCCGGGCGGCCCCGGGGAGGAGCCCGCAGCGGCUCGGCAGCUCCGCGGAGGCGCGUGGCGGAGGCAGGGCCGGCGGCCAGGGCUGCUGCAGGAGGCAGGGCAGGGCCGGCGCUGGGGCUGCCCAGCCCGGGGCACCAGGGUGGCUGCCGGCGAGCCCGGCGGUCCCCGGGCGCUCGGACGGGGAAGGGCUCCGGAUCGGAGGCCUCCGUGGAAGGGGCUGGGAACGACCCCGUAGUGACGCCAGACCUGCUGCCUCCUGCAGUAGCCCCUCACCCCCGGGCAGACCCUCUCCCCAGGCUCCUCCGGCAGAUCCGCCCCGGAGAGGAGCAAGCCCGUUGCCAGGAAAGCAAGAAGCCUGUGCGAGCCUUGCGCGAGAGUAGCCGCGGGACUGUGUGCUCCUCUGCCCCGCUGCCCUUGGCUUGCCCUGGCGAGAGAGGGACCGAAACCGCAUGGAUAGACGCAUGUUUGGGGGAUGUCAGAGGGAGGCUGGUGGGGAAUCCAGCAGAAAAUGCUUUGCCAACGUUCAAAGGGGUGGGGGGGGUGGGGGGAGGUGUUUUAUUUCCUCUUGGUUUGGGGUCUUGUUUCCAAGGGGGACACAUUGAUGGAUAAUAUAUAAUCUCCGUGCAUUUAUAUAGAGAGCAGCUGAUGAUCUACAAGAGAUGAUACUGAACUACAGGAUUCCCACUCCGUCCUAGUCAUCCUUAUUUUGCAUCUUUUUAAUCAGCUAUAUAUUUGAAAAGAGAGAGCAAAUAUCUAUAUAUCUAUAUCUAUAGCUAUAGCCACCUGAUUUUGUUAUAAUUUUACUAAAUCUAUAUAUCUCUAGACUUGUUGAGAUGCUGAUGAGGUGGUGCCUGCACCCCUUCCCUGGGACGCUCGUGACUCACGGGAGUUUUUAGUGACUGACUGAAUGAAUGUUAAAGUCUUUUUAAAAACCAACAGCUCCUUUCAAACACUCUGGAUUUUAAAGAUUUAGAAACACAAAAUAGCACUUGGUUUUUGGGACACGCCAAGUCUUCCAUCCCCACCAGGCAGAGACGCAUGGAGCUGGAGAGCUUCCACUACACUGCAGACACCCUGCGCCUCUGGCAGGCGCGGGGCUCCCAUGGCAUCAGGUCCCUCUCCUGCCUCCGGUCCUGGGGACUAAUCAUCAUCGUCAUCCUUAGCGAAGGCUCUGCUGGGCGCGCGCCCGGCGGAGCAGCGGGCGGUGCAGCGGGCAGGGAGGCAGUGAGGGCGGCAUCGAGCUCUUGCUCCAGACCCUGGGCCUGGCCUGGGGUCUUCUCCUGAUCCGCCUUUCCGAGGAGCCCUGGCAGCCAGGGGCCGGGAAGGCGAUGCCGCAGCGGGCCGGCUGCAGGGUCCCCGGGACACCGCAGGGCUUGCGGCGAUGCGACACGGUUGAAAGGUCAGAGCACCCCAGGCCAGCCCCAGCGGGGCUGAGGCUGCAGGAGGCAGGUUCCCCGUCCCCCGCGUGGUCCCCUCACCCCCUUGGUGCCCUCGUGUGCUCCUCUCCUUGCCACGCUGUCCCCCAAGCAUCACCAUGCCCAGGCUCAGGGGUGGCCAGGGGCGCAGCCCCGGCCAGCUCAGGAGGGGAUGGCUUGGUGACUGGUGUUCCCAAAAAGCUGAGUCCCCCAUGAAGGCAUUAACUCUUCUGGUGCUAGAGGGAAGGACAAGGAGGUUCCUUCUGACCCUCACACAUCUCCGAACCUUUACAAUCUUCAGCCGGUGAAAAGGCACAGGCCAAGGGUUGGGGCUGCAGCCCCUUCUCCCGCGUGUGAGCGCCAGGCUCAGGCCCGCUUUGGGACGGAGCCUGAUAAGCUGUGGUGCUGUCUCCUUUUCCCUGAGCUCUCUUGCUGGGCACAGAGAGGCAAACCCGCCCCGUGCCCGAAAUAGCUCUGUCCAGAGCUCUCUGGAAACCGCUGAACUCUGUGCAUUCACUGCACUUCUUCCUCUCCCCAGGCUGCGUCCCAGAGCUCUCAGCUGGGACGGUUGCAUGGGGACGGUAAGAGGGGGGUUCAACCUGUACCUUCUUAUUCUGCAAGCAAAAAUCCUGCUGUAGAUACCUUAGGGUACUCCAGGCCUCACAUCCAAUAACCUGGUGAGCCAAGGGGCAUCCUAAUUGUAAUAGCAACCAUUGCAUCUGCCAAAACCACCUCCUCAUUCACCAGGUUGGCCAUCCCUUCCCAUCAGCAGUCUCCUCCACACCCCUCCUACUUGUGCCAACGCAGUUGCUGUGUCAUUGCACGAUUCUGCAUCUGGAGCUAAACACCACAGACCAUGUGCUAGCCGCUGCCCCGUGCCUGACCUGGCACCCAUAACCAGUCAUUCCCCUCGCCCUCCGCCUCGUACCCCAGCUCCAUCCGCAUUCGCCCCACCGAUCCCUGUCCCCAGACACCCUUCACACCUCAGCCAUAGCCCCACACAUCUGCCCCAUGGCUUCUACGUGCUGCCUCCCAAAGCCAGCAGCAUUCACAGACACACCGCGGACUGGUCCCUGCUCCACCGCACUCGGUUCCUCACAGCUCACCUCAUCCUCCAUCGCCCAGGUGCCAGCUCCUCUGCCCGCACUGGCAUGAAUUGGUAAUCUGUGGCUGCAAAAGCUUGCCGGCAUGCUGACCCUCCGCGGAGGGGACAGUCCUGCGCCGGACACCUCCCGUGCCCCUGGCAGUGCCCUGCCUGCACGGCAAGGGCGUGCACGCAAACGCUGCCUCUGCUGCGCUCGUGUCCCUGGGCACCAUGCGUGCUGCUUCAUCCGCUCUCCAGAGUCCCCCCUGCUCCGUGCGGGCCCCUCGCCUUGCCCCUGUUCUCGCCUCCCAUGUGCUUCGUAGCCCCUGGAUGCACAACCCUGCCACGCACCUAGGCUUGCUGCCUGUGCAUCACGUCCUAAUUCCUCGUGUCUCUCUCCAGGCUGAUGCUGCUUCUUCACGUCCAUGCUUGGUGAGGCAGCACUGCCGUGUCCUGCUGAAGCCCGUGCGCAUGCAGCCUCUCUGUUGCAAUGCCAUAUACCAAUCUGGCUGCAGCUUAGUCCAUGCCUGCAAUGUAGCUUGCAGUCCACCAAGGAGACUGGGCCUGGAAGGGCCUUGCUGCUCCAUCAGGUCAUGUCCCAGGAUCUGUAUCGUACAGUCUCUUUCAUCAACCUUGUAAGCAUUAAGGUCUCUUAAAAGUUAGUUUGGCUGUUUGUUCCUAAUGCUUCUUUUAGGAAGUUGCUCUAGAGCCUCACACUGAUGUAGAAAUGCUCAUUUCCAGCCUGCAUUGUGCCAUGGGAAUCCUGUGCCCGUUUGUUUGCAGGCCAGUAACAUCCUUCGCUGGGUCUGUCUGGCAUUUCUGUCUGCUGCCGGCCCGUGCACUUGUAGAGCUGUGCUGUGCACCUGAGCUUUCCCGGGUGUCCCACUGUGCAGGCUUUCAUGCUCCAUCCCUUGACUCCCGCUCUCCAUUUUAGCACCACCCGCGUGGGCCAUUCCCAGCGCCGUGCCUGGCCUCCCCGGACGCUGCAGGCCGACGUGGCACCGUCAGCUGGAGCCUGCUUUGCUUCUGCAUGCGCAGCUCUGCACCGCUGCUGGGGCGUCUCGGCCCCCCCACGCUGCCCGGCUGCCCCGCUCCCCUGGCGUGGCACUACCACGCGCUGCAAUCCUCCCCGGGGCCCUGGGGCCCCCCCCCCAGCCCCGCCCUCCGGUGCAGGUCCUGCCACCGGGCCUCCCGGCCCCAUUGCUCUGCUGCCGUCCCCAACCCCGUGCUCUGCGCUCUCCCGCAGCAAAGCGCCCACCCUUUCCAGCCAGCGCUUCAGCCCCACCAUGGAUUUCAUCUCUUCCAGUUUCCCAGCAUUUCCAUUUCACUCCUAGCUUAGUCUCCAUCUUACCCGCAGACGAUGUAGACCCCAGCAGCCCCCACAGCCCCUCAUGCUCCGCAGCAGCUCGGCUUGUCCCAGGGACCCGCGGAGCUGCCCCUCGCCUCCGUUUUGGGGUGAGGCGCAGCUCUGCUGAACGCGGCUCUGGACAAGGCGGUGCUGCUCUCCGGAGUGACUCCCCUGGCCCGUCCUCGCAGGGCUCUUCCUGGCCCUGUGGCUGUGUUGGUUGAAGUGACACUAGUGUGUUAUCCUGAGUGCAGGCUGCUCUCUGAGCUCACCCCAGGUGAGCUCCGGGUCUCUGCCCCUUCCGCAGCUGUUUCUGGGGCAUCCCCUGAGACCCCGCCUGCACCCGCCUCUUGCUUCAGGAGGCCCGAAGACUGCAGAGCCUAACUCUUCUGCAGAAAGUUCAGUCCGGGACGUGGAAAGCUGGACGCCUUCUUGCCAUUUCCGAAGCGCCCCCCUCCCCCCUUUCCCCCCGCCCCGGCGCACUGUUCCUCCUCGGGAGGGCUGGAAAUGGUGGAUGCACCUCUGCUGCCCGCAGAGCCCGGCGGCCGCGCUGCCCUCGCCGUGCAUCUCAGCUUCCACCGCCACAAGCAGCUGCAGCCGUACCUGUGUUGGCAAACACUGCGUGAUCCCUCAGCACGGCUGCGGCAUCCGGGCCGUCAGCCCCAGGGACACCACGGCUCGUCCCGGUCAGGUAUAACACGAAAGAAGGCGACUUCCAACCACACCGCCAUGCCACCCCCCCCGUGGCUGCUCGGGUCUGGCAGAACCCUCGCUCCCUUCCCUUCCCCUCCCAAACGCAGAGCAGCAGCGGCAGGAUCAUCCGGGAGACCUCCCCCCCCCCCCCCCCGGGGCAGGGCUGCAUCCCUGCCCGCAUCCCUCCUGGAUGCACGCGCCGGGCAGAGCUUCACGAGCGUUGGAGACAGCACCGUCCCGGCAGCGCCCGGCGCUCACCGGGCGAAGGUGCUCCGCUUGGGCACCGCUGCCGCUCGUGCCGGCCGGAGGAGACGGGUGGCUCAGGCAUCUGCCGCCGCGUCUGCUCCGGCUGGCGAGCGAGGCGGGUGGCCGUGUCCCGCGCGGAGCCCCGGCUUCGUGCUCGCAGCGGCGUCUGGGGCAGCCGCAUCCCGCGCUUCAGCAGCGCGCGCCUAGGGCUUAGGUCUUGCGAUCCCACCCGCGCUUGGCUGUGGAGAGUCUCCUGCCUUGUUCACACCCGUAGAAGUUCAGUUCCAAGACGGUCGCGUGACCGGAGCAAUCAGAUCGCAUAAUGUCUUGAAGGCCGACAGUGGUCUUGUCCCAUGGUCAUUUCUAGUCUCACCUUGACGGAAAUGUAACUUUCCAGCUAAUGCAGCUGCUGCUACUUAACUUUUUUUUUUUUUCUCAGCUGAAGCAAAGGGGACUUUUUUUUUCCCAUGUGUAGAUAGCUCUUUUCUGACUUUAUAUCUAUUCUGAUUGCAUUGGCAUCUCCGUUCCAAACAUCUCCAAAGUGAGACAUUUCAUUUUGAAAAGCCAUUCAGGAGAAGGCAGAGUAAUACAGGGAGAGGAACCCAACCACGAGACCUUGCUGUGCGGUUCAUUAGAGAACACCCACACCCCAUCUGCCAGGAAAUCCUGGUCGCGUCAGGAUCUGCUGCGUGCUGAGGUUACUGUGAUUCUCAUGGCUUCUCAAUGACUUUGGUUAUCUUCUGUAAAAAAAGGAUACACUUUUUUUGCUUUGAAGUCUUUUUUUUUAAAAGUUGUCGAUAUUUUUCUUUGUCCAGACUAAAUUCAUUAAUUCCUGUUCCUCAUAAACUUCUGUCUAUAAUUCUGACUUUAGAAGAAAGCAAAACUCGAAGCACUUUGUUCCUGGUGGUUAGAAGCUUUUCCAGCUGCGACCGUUUCAGAACAGCAACGAAGUGCAGCUUGAUCACUUUUCCAGGCACACGUGCCCAGACCCCUCGUGACCGGCAUGCAUGUGUACAUGUGCUCACACGCCGCACACGGCCCCCGGGCACGUGCGCCUCCACACUGACUCUGCAUGUGCAUAUACAGGCCCACACCCUCGCACACGCGUGUGCGAACACACGCACACCCCCACACGCACACGUGUCCAACAUCCACACUCUUGUUUCUUACCCGGAUGAACUCACCUGUGGGUUUUUGUUCUGUUUUUAAUUUUACAGGGUCAGUUUGACUUCACCCUUAUUUUGUAUGGAUUUUCUGAGGAGAUUUCUCCUUCUCCAGAGUCAUGGAGGUGUGGCCAUUCGCCUCCCGCCCUUGACGUUGUGAUACACAUACCCCACAGAGAUCUAUGUUUCUUAUAUUAUAUUAUUAUUAUUAUUAUUAUUAUGUAAUAAAUUUAUAAGAAAGCCGU